AUGCAGAACCGAAUAUUUCGGCUGAUUCGUUUUGGUUAUCGUGGUUGGUCCAUGAAAUUUGACAAACAUGUCGAACCAAUCGUCUUCACCCGGCAACAGAUCAAAGAUCGCGUAUCCGAGCUCGCCGCCGACUUCAGGAGAGAUCCUCCGGUGGUCGUCGGCGUCGGCGGCGGCUACGACGACAGCAUGCCGCUGUUUCUUGCCGGACUUGUCAGGGGCAUUAGCCUCGGCUUCACUACCACCUCCGUCCGGAUCGUGUCGCGCGCAGACAACAUGAUUACUUUCGAGGACAACCUCGAAGUCCGGGGACGCCACGUCAUCUUGGUACGUGCGGGAUUGAUUUGUUCGUAG